AUGGAACUACAUGAAACAAGAUUUACUAGUGAAUUCAUUUCAUCGGUUAUUCUGACACACAUUGAUAUUUAUAAUGGUAUCAACUUACACAAACAAUUCAAAAAUGGUACAAUUCAUAGUUCAAUUUCAUUUGAAUUUCAUCCGAAUACAUUCAAACAAUUAUUUAAUAUUCUCGAACAGUUGACAUUAAUGAUAACACAAAAUUCGAAUUCAGUUCUUAUUCAUAUUCUAACUGUAUGCGUAAGAUUAUUUAAAACACAUUUACAAUUUCUUUGUGCCAUGAAAUCAAAUGUUGCCAGAGAAUUAUUGACAAAACUUGAUGAUGAAAUAAUAAAAACUACUCAAGAAUCUUCUACUGAAAGUAUGGAUAACAACAUCGAUUUGACAACAUUUGCAAGUAAUGAUGAAUUAAGAAAAUGGUUUGAUUUAUUAUUAAAAUUAGCUUGUGAUGAUGACAAAUCAAAAUCGACAACAAUGUGUAUAGAAGCAUCGAAAGCUCUGAUUUAUGUUAUGGAUUUAAAAGUAACGUCAUUUACAGAAAAAUUAUCAUUUAUGCAUAAAUAUAUUAUCGAAAAUAAAUAUCAAACAUUAAUCGAACAAUUCUUCAUCGAACUAAAUAACACAGUUACACUAUUAAAGUGGAUUGAAAUUCUAUAUGACAAUAACGAUAACGAAUCAGAAAAAAUUGAAGCAUUAAAAGUAUUGUAUUCGUUCGUUGAUAUUUGCUUGGGUUCAACGAGUGAUUUAAACAAAGAAAAAAAGCAACGAAUUAAACAAAUAUUAGUUUUAUUCCAACAAUUUUUUUUAGUUCGCUUAGUGCCACAAUCUAGAAUGAAAAGAAUUCAAAGCGAAGCGACGGAUAAUAAUGAAAUGGAAACAUCAAUUGAUACGACUUCUACAUCAUUUUUUGCUCAAUAUAUCUCAUAUAUACUUACAAGUUAUAUGAACAAAGUAGAGAAAACAAAUGAUUUAAUCAAUCAAACUCUUGUUAGUUUAUGUUUAAUGAUACACACAGGAAUUUUUAGUUUCGCUUCAGUUCAACCAAUAUUCACAUCUGUCUUACCAUUAUUGGCAGACUAUCUGCUGCAGAACACAAGUAAUGAAGAAGAUACUAUGGAUUGCCUUUAUUGGCUAAUUGGAAAGAUGAGUUAUGCGAUGAUUAAUGGUCCACAACAAAAUUCAUUGGAAAUAAAACAUGUCAACAAAUUGAAAUCGUUUCUAUUUGCUGGUGGAUGUGAGAAAACCACAAUCGAACAUAAUAAAUAUUUAUUAAAUUUAUAUGAGUCUGAUCUUGCUGUUUACAGCAACUUUCAAUUGUCAAAUUCAAAUCAACAGUCAUCAUUAGAUCAUGAUUUUCUAAUGUCAGUAUAUAAUAACAUCAAUCAAGGUGCACAAUUAAUAUCAAAAAUGAAAAUCUAUGUCAAAAACCGUCAUCAUUUACUUAAAUCAAUUGAACAACAAGCAAAUGAUGCAUGUGCAGCUCUAUUUUCUGUCUAUAUUAAACAUUAUCGUCGAAUUAAUCUUGCCAAAUGGGAACUAUCUCAAACAGAUGAUAAAAGACCUCAUAGUAAACUUUUAUCACUUUAUGAAUAUGCAAGUCAUGUUCAAACAUUAUUUAUUACAACGAAAGCACAAGGUAGAGAUUGUGAUGAACUCUACAAACAAAUCAAAAUGAAAACAUUAUUUCUAUUAUCAACUAUUAAAGAAAGUAAUUUGAUUCCCAUAAUUCAAGAUGAUUUAUUACAACUAAUAAAACCUGUGGCAGAUAUACAACAAGAACGAACAGGAUUUGUUUUACGACGACGACGUUCACGAUGGACAACAGCAAGACAUAUAUUUACAAUUCUACGUCAUACACUACAUGCUUGUAUUCGAUUUAAAAAAUUAAUGCUAGCUAGAAAACGAGCCAUUGAACAAAAUCAAGAUAAUGAGAGUAUUUUAAAUAAAGAAAUCAAUAAUUUUGUUUGUAGUAAUCUUAACCGAAACAUUAAGUCGAUAACAAAUGAAGAAAUAAAAUCGGAAUCUGAUGAACUCACUCAAUGUAUUGUACAACAACAUGAACGUGCAAUGAUUCGAUUGAUUACAUAUCGAUUUAUUUAUACAUUUAUACACAACGUAUUAAAAAUCGAAGAAGAAAAGCAACGAGUUUCGACGAUUUUAACUGUAUACUUACCAUAUCUGAGAAAAUCAAAUGUUAAUUGGUUCUAUUUAGAAAAUAUUGAAGCAACAAAUAAUGAAUUGAAAGACGAAAUUCGAAAUAAUUAUUAUUCAAUCAUCAAAAUUAUUUUAUCCUUUGUUUUACAAUCAAAAAUAUCCGAACGAAAUAUGUUCAACUUAUUAAAUCUAUCGUAUAAAUCAGCCGACAUUUGUCUUCUUCAUCAUCAUCAAUUUAUUGAAACAUUAUUCAAAACCUAUGUCAGUUUUGUAGGAGAAAUAGAUCGUAUUAUUUCACUUCAUACGAAAUUAAUUGGAUACAAUUGGUUUCGACUUUAUAUAUUGAAAGUAUGUAAAAAUAUUCAAAUAGAAGAGUUGAAACGAAAUGUUAAUGAAGAAUUAAUACAACAACAACAAUUUAUUUUUAAUACAUUGAUUUUAAACGAAUUGAAAGGUUUGAGACGAUUAAAACAAACAUUAUCAAUUGAUGCAAAAGAUGAUGAUAUUAUAGAUUCUAUAGAAUGUAGAAAUCAUUCUUUGAAUAAUUCUUCAAUUGGAUGGUUUAUUUAUGUAACAGCUAGAAAUAAAACAACAGAAUUUUCAAAUAAUUUAUCAUCGAAAUUUGAAAUUGAACUUUGUACAAAUCAAUUAUUGAUACUUUUACUUCGAUGUGUUCAUUUCUAUGAACAUUGUCGAUUCGUAUGUGGAACUGUUGAUUUUAUUGAAGAACUUUUAUAUAUUUAUCAGAAUAGUCAAAAUAGAGCGACGAUUUUACUUGUACUGAAAAUCUUACGUGACUUACUUCCCUCAUUACCCGAAACUACAAAUGGAACAUCAAAUACCAUGAUUAACAAAUUAUUAAAUGACUUUUUAUUUUCUAUCGGUGAUAGGUGCACUUCACAAGCCAUCUCAUCAGAGAUAAUUACUGAAUUAAUUUACAUUUAUCGUACAAUAAUGUCAUAUAAAUCACCAUGGCAAAUGAUGGCCAUACAACUAAUUUUUGAUAGUAUCAUUUCGAGCUCAAAUGAUAUCGAUUGGCAAUCAUUCGAGACCACGGAUACCAAACAAUGGAAUUAUUUAUUAGCAUCAUUAUAUAUUUUAGGUGGAUACAUUCAACCAUAUGGUUUGGGUUCAAUCGUGAAAAUCUAUACUGAUGAAGAAAACAAUCAAUACGAAAUUGGUAUAAUUAUUGAUAUCGAUAUGAAUGCUCGUGAUCAAGCUACACCUGAUACAUCAUCUUAUUUUAUUCAAUAUUUACAAGAAAAUAAAACUGAAUGGAUUACAAUCGAUAAAUUAGAAGUUAAAGUAGAUGUCUCUCCACCUAAUCUAUUUGCUUUACCAAAUAUGAAUGAUUCAAAUCUAGCUAUACAUUCACUUCUUGAUACAUUAGGAUAUAUCAUACAAAUUGAUAUAUCAUCAAGUGAUUCAUUACGUCUUUUACAACUUAAACGUUAUUCAAUUACUACUCUAUAUAGAAUCUUAAGUAACAAUCAAAUAAUCGAUCUUUUUAUGCAAAAACCAUAUGCUUCAUUUAUUGCUCAAUUAUCAAUAAGAGAUUUAUUCGGAGAAGUUGGUUUUCAACUGACUGAUUUACGUCUAUUUAACAGAUCACAUUUGGAACAAUACAGUUUUAGUUUAGAUAGAUGCGAACGAUUGAAACAAAUCGUACUUAAUAAUCGUAAUAAUGUUAGUGAUCGAAUUACUACAGAUACUCAAGCUAAUUCUUCAUUUGACACUUACAAUAAAUUUGAUAUUAAAUCAGAUCAACCAAUCGUAAAUACAUUAUCAACAAGUACAAUGAUAUAUAACGGAUGGAAGCCGUAUGCGUCAAAUAUCGAAAUUGAGCUAUAUAAGAAGGGUCGAAUUGGUAGCGAUGAAAUUUCAAUUGUACCAUUUCCACGUGAUGUAGCUGGAUCGGAUGUAAUUGGAGAAUGUGGCAAUAAGCACCGAUUUAAAGGUCGAAUCUAUAUGAAUGAUAACAACUAUCACAAAAGCUUUCCUUCAUUUAUUGUUGAAAAUUUAGAAUUGAAUGAAGGUAAUUGGUACUAUUGUGUUAAGUUGCCAUUGGCCGGUCUUAUUCAAAUUGGAUGGGCGACAACGGGAUUCACGCCCAAAACCAACGAAGGAAUAGGCAUAGGUGAUGAUAAAUAUUCAUGGUCAUUUGAUGGAUCACGUGGUACUCUAUACGGUGAUCAAGAAUUUCAGUUUUUACCGACAAAUAUUCGUUGGAAAGAAAACGAUGUUUGUGGUUGUGGAAUUGAAAUUAAUGGUGAAGAUACUCGAAUCAAAUAUUGGUUGAAUGGAAAAUUCUUAGGUACAGCAUUUGCACAUCAAUUAAAUAUGACAUCGACAACAGUUAAAUGUAAUCUGUUACCAAAUGGACCCAAUACAACUUAUUUUCCUGGUGUUACUGUACAAGCACGUCAUGGUGAGAAAGGUUGUUGUGAAUUUAUAUUUAGUCCAGAAGACAUGAUCGAAUGUCCGCUACCUGAAGGUUAUAAAUCAAUAUUAAUGCCAAAAGUUAGUCAUAAUAAAGGUUCUAUUGUUGCGUAUCCAUAUAGUGCCUAUUUAGUCGGUGAUGAUGUUCAAAACUUUGUUUAUACACCACGAAGUACAUCAUCGACAAUUCUUCUACGUGAUUUUGUUAAUGCACAUCAUAUAGAAACUCCAUUAACUAUCAAUGAUCAUCAAUUAAUAUUAGCGGAAGAUAGUGAUGGUUUUCCGUUGUCGAUUGAUAAUCAAAUGAUAUCAUUAACAAUUAGUUUUGAUUUUCAAAUUUUAACAAAAAAUCAAAGUGAUUCGAAUGACACAUUUGACGUUCUACUAUUUACAUUACAAACAAUUGAAAAACAUUCAGUACGAAUACCAUUGAAUAAAAACAAUGAAGAAACAAGAACUGUUAUUUUAAUUCAUCCAAAAGAACAAGAAAUUAAAAUCUAUAUAAACAACAACAUUUGUCAAACAAUAAAUAAUCAAUUUGAUAAUCAAACAAUGACGAAAUUUAAUUUUCAUUUUCUACCUAAUAUUGCUGUUGGGAUAAAAAAUUUUGCUAUUUGGAAAUAUACACUUUCAGAAGAACAUAUUCGACGUAUAUUUACUAGCGGUAUAUCUUAUAUAGCCAUUGAUUAUAAACAACAGAAUGAAUAUCGAUUACAAUCAAACACAUUUACAUUUACGAAAAAUCAACAGCAAUUUCAAAAUGAAUUUCUAGUUCCAUUCAAUGAAUCAUUUGAUGAGACUAUAUGGAAACAAAAGCAAAAACAAGUUGACAUAGAUGAAUCAAAAUAUUUUAAAACAAUCAAUGAAACUGAUGAAUCAAUUGUACAAUUGUAUGGAAAUCAAAGUUAUCUCGUUGUAAACAAAUCCAUUUAUGAAUGGGAUAAUUAUACACUUAUUCUCGAUAUUUCAAUACCUAAUUUUCCAACGACUGAAGAACAAUUAACCAUAGUUAUAUUGAAUUUACAAGCAAAAAUAUUUAUAACACCCAAUGGUAACCUUUGUCUUUCUACGAUUGAAGAAUAUAACGAAAGUGAAUUAACAUUAAAUUUAAAUGAAUUUAUACGUUUACUCAUUAGUGUAGAUAAUAAAUUGAUCAAAAUCUAUGUUAAUGGAUUAUUAGCACUUGACUCUGAAGUCGAUAAUGAUUCAUUAGUUAUGAGUUCGAAUCAAAUUCAUUUAUUUAGAGAAAUUGAUUUCACUGAGAAUACAACAAAUGAUCAUACACUUCGAAUUGAAUGUAAAUCAAUUACAUUUCUAAAUCGAUCAAUAAUGAAUGCUGACUUAGAUGAAACACUAAAAUCACCAAAAUAUUCAUUAGAAACAUUAGUUGCACCACCAUUUUCAAUAAUUGCAAUAAAUCUAAUUAAUAUUGGAUACGAAGUCGAAUGGAUAAAAUCCGUUAUGAACCAAUAUAAAACGACCAAUCUUCAAAUGAUUGAUACAAUUAUACGUGAACAUAAAGAAGAAUUUUUAAAGAUAGACAUUCAAAAACGACAAAAACGUAUUUUAAAUAUUUUAUCUAGAUUAGGUUCAUCGAUUGAUAAAGAAAAAUUAGAAAAUUUACUCAAUACUUUAGAAAUUGAUACCGAUAAUCAAAUUGUAACUAUUUGUGAACUCAUAUUAGCUCUUUGGAAUGAGUUACAAAUAUCAAAACCUUUAGUUGUUGAAAGAGACAUUGCAAAUGAUACUAGUUCAGAUCAGAAGAAGGAAAAGACAUGGUUCCAUCGUACAAUUGAUGAAUUCUGUUUAAAUUAUAAUUUUACUGAAUGGAUUCGAGAUAAAUCUACAAUAAUGAAAGAAACAGAUACUACUUAUCAAUUAUUCGAUUUGAAUAAAUCAGAACAAGAACAAAAAAUAACAGCAACAAGAAUAUUUGAUCAACGAAAAAAAAUUAAAAAAUCUAUUCAAUAUUCACAUAAGAAUAUUUCGUACAAACAGUAUUUAGAUUCUCGUAUUGCAUGUGAACAUGGAUUAAUAUUGAUCUAUGCACGUGACAUAAUUUUGAAUAUGUCGAAAAUCUGGUCAAACAAUAGUUUACAUAUAUUUCCAUUGGAAAAAUUUGGUAAUCAUCCAUUCAUUAUAAAAUUAUUACGAUCAAUUGACUAUCAUUAUACAAGCAUACGUUUAGAUGAUAGUGUAGAUAGAAUAAGUUUUUUAGUAAAAUCUAUUCUCAAAAAUGAAAUAAAAGAAUUACUAGUUGAAAAUAUCGGUGCUAACAGUGAAAUUCUAUCAAACAAAGUGCCCUUACUUUAUCAUUUACGAAAGGAUAUUAUUAUUGAAUCGAUUCGAUGUUUAUUGAAACUCUCAUCAUCGAUAGACGAAUUCGAUGGCAAAAUAACAAUAAUUGACGAACGAACAAAAAGUGAAGAAUCGAAUUUAAAUUUUAUUUUCAAAAUAUUAAAUCUAUUCGUUGAAUUAGUAACUGAUAAAUCAACAAUGAAACAAAAUGAAAUUGAUAUACUUAUCCCAUUUUUAUUUCCCGAGCCAUUAAUCAAUGUGAUGUUUGAUCUAUUUCUAUUACUUCCAAUACAUCAAUCAAAGAUUUGCAUUCUUCAUCUAUUUGUUACGUGA